AUCUAUAGGAGUCUUCAACUUUUCGUUUUCACUUCAACUUAUGUUCGAAAAGUAGGCGAAUUGAAAUGAAUCGUUUAUCUUUUCAUUUUUUGGUUACUUAUAAUACAAAAGUAUUUUUCUAUGUUUUUGUUCUGUUGUGGGCUGCCUGUGAGGGAAAGAUAAAGCUACCAGAAAAUAUUAAAGUGCCUGCAAUAUUUGCAUUUGGAGAUUCCAUAGUUGAUCAAGGCAACAAUAAUGGAAUCAAGACAUUGAUUAAGAGCAAUUUUAAGCCUUACGGAAAGGAUUUUGAAGGUGGAGUUUCUACAGGAAGGUUUGGCAAUGGAAAGACACCACCAGACUUGAUUGCCGAAGAACUAGGGAUUACAGAGCUCAUAUCCGCUUAUCUUGACCCGAAUUUGAAACUCGAGGAUCUUAAAAAGGGUGUAAGUUUUGCUUCCGGAGGUAGUGGAUAUGUUCCCGAGACUGCUAAAUUAGCGUCAGUUAUAUCAUUAUCAGAUCAAUUAGAAUUAUUCAAAGAGUACAUUGGGAAGCUCAAAGGGGCCGUUGGAGAAGAAGAAACAAACAACAUUUUAAUCAAUAGUAUCCACCUUGUGGUAGCAGGCAGUGAUGAUCUUGCCAAUACGUACUUCACAUUGGGUGCUAGCAAGUUGUACGACAUAAAUUCCUAUACUGAUCUUAUGGUUUCUUCAGCUUCAAAUUUCAUUCAGGAAAUAUACAAGCUCGGAGCAAGAAGAAUUGCUGUUUUUAGUAUCCCACCAAUAGGAUGUUUGCCAGCUCAAAGAACCCUAGCCGGUGGUGGUGUUAGAAUGUGCGUCGAAAAUUAUAAUCAGGCAGCACAGUUGGUUAAUUUCAAGUUGUCAUCUGAAUUUGAUUCUCUUGCUGAAAAGUUACCUCAAUCCAAAGUGGUUUUCAUUGACAUUUAUAAUCCUUUACUUGAUCUCAUUCAAAGGCCUCAAAAUUAUGGGUUUGAAGUAGUAGAUAGAGGAUGUUGUGGCACGGGAAAUAUUGAAGUGGUAAUAUUGUGCAACAAAUAUAGUGGGACAUGUCCAGAUGACACAAAAUAUUUAUUUUGGGAUAGUUACCAUCCCACAGAGAAAGGCUAUAGAGUUCUUGUUGACGAAAUCCUUGAGAACUAUGUUAACAGAUUCAUCUGAGCCAAUUAAUCGUCUCUGAUUUCAUCAAAUAAUUUCUCAUUCGAAAUCAAACAUUUAAGAUUGUUCCCUAGUAGUCAUUCACUAUUCCCGAAUGUUUCUUUUUCUAUUAUUUUUAACAUAAUGUAUACUUGAUCAGUUCAAGUUGAGAUUUGCUGGUCGAAAUUGACUGUCCAACAAUGAUUCAUUGACACAUCAUUAAUGAAUUAUUGGAUUCGCAAGUUGGACAGCCAAUUUUUUAUGGUAGAUCUCAACUCAUUUGUAGUGUGCUAAAAGAGAGAGAUGAUUGUGUAAAGAUUUAAGCAUUGAAAGUAAUCUUUCAAAUUUAUAUAUUUGUUUGUUGAGAGAUUCGAGAUUA